ACCUGUUGUUAACAGCGUCAUUUAAUGUAUGUCGUGAAGGUGAUUCGUUGUUUUCAUGUGCUCAUUUCAAUACGUGCUGUGGAGAGUUAAAGUUUGACGUGCCGGGAGCAGUGAUGGCAAAUACACACAUACUGACAGCAGUACCUGUGUUUAUAGUAUAACUACGUACAUUUGUUCAUAUAUAAUAUAAUAUAAACAAUUCACAAGCUACACUAAUUCUACGAACAACGCAGUCGCUGCUGUUGCAAAUAAAAUCACACUGCUAUCAGAAUAACCCAUGAGUCAUUCUGACGUGGCUGCGCAGCAAGCUGAUAAAUACAUAUUGCCAUUCGGGCAACAUCGGGGAAGUACCUUUUACGAAUAAAAGCUGUACUCGCCACGAAUAGUAACACGAUCGUCUCAUUUUCGUUUCGGACGAGCAGUGAAACGGUCAGAAAGUUUAGUGUGCAACUACGACGUAAAAGCGAAGGCAAAACAAAGCGAAUUGAAGAAAAUAAGCAAUACGCGCUCACGUGUCUAGUAAUACAGCAACAAUGCAUCAACAACAAUUCUUUGACCUGGAUCAGGGAAGAAAUAUAUCCUACAUGAAUGAUUGUUCCAGUACAAGCGGAUAUAGCAGCGCGAAUUCGCCUACAUCGAUGACACAGUCGCCAUCACAUUCACCGGAGACAUUUGUCUUACAAAAUGAAUUCGCCAACCUUAAUUUGCCCGCAAUGUCAAAUUCACCUUCACCACAGCUACAGCAAUUACGCGGCUCUCCAUACCAGCAGUCGCACACAGCAAAUCAGCUGCUCCCAAGUGGCAGCAUUUGCAUGGAAAUUGAUGGUGGCAGCAACAAUAUAUUAAAUGGAAACACAAAUUUUGGCAAUAUGUACAUGCCCGUGGAUCAUUUCUAUGCAACGCCACAAAAUGUAGGAUUUUCGCCAAUCGAUGGGAGUAUUAAACAUGAAUAUACCGCUGUGCUGCACAUUGCCGAACAGCCGGUGGAAAAAUUUCGCUUUCGCUACAAAAGUGAAAUGCAUGGAACACAUGGUUCACUCAAUGGUAUUAAUUCAAAGCGGACGCCAAAAACAUUUCCAGAGGUAAUGUUACGCAAUUACAAGGGACCGGCAGUCAUCCGUUGUAGUCUAUUCCAAACGAACUUGGAUAGCCCACAUUCACAUCAGUUGGUGGUGCGCAAAGAUGAACGCGAUGUGUGCGAUCCACAUGAUCUGCAUGUCUCACAGGAGCGCGGCUACGUGGCUCAGUUCAUCAAUAUGGGCAUAAUACACACGGCCAAAAAAUUCAUAUUCGAUGAACUGUUAAAGAAGAAAAAGGAUCGUCUGGUCUUCCAAAUGGGUCGUCGUGAACUGUCUACUAAGCAGGUGCAGGAAUUGCAUCAGGAAACAGAGCGUGAAGCGAAAGAUAUGAAUUUGAAUCAGGUGCGCCUUUGCUUUGAGGCCUUCAAGAUUGAGGAUAAUCACAGCUGGACACCCAUUGCCGCGCCCGUCUUUAGUAAUCCCAUUAACAAUCGCAAAUCCGCACAAACUGGCGAGCUGCGCAUCACACGCCUGAGCAAACCCACAGGCAGUGUCAUGGGCAACGAUGAGUUGAUUCUGCUCGUGGAGAAGGUUAGCAAGAAGAACAUCAAAGUUCGUUUCUUUGAGGAAAACGAUGAUGGUGAAACGGUUUGGGAGUCAUAUGCUAAGUUUCGUGAAUCGGAUGUUCAUCAUCAGUAUGCAAUUGUCUGCCAGACGCCCGCCUAUGUAAAUAAGGAUGUCGAACGCGAAGUGGAUGUUUCUAUUGAGCUAAUACGUCCCUCCGACGAUGAGCGCUCUUUUCCUCCAUUGCCUUUCCGCUAUAAGCCACGCGAUGCUAUUGUUUCACGCAAACGGCGACGCACCUGCUCAACACUUACCAGCAGCAGCGGCAGCAGCAGUGGCAGCUUGCACAACUCAUUGGAGUUGCCAAAGACGGUGCCGCAGCAGAACGUGGUUAAUGUAUCGCAGCAUGAUCAGACGAUAAGUCAGGAAUUUGGUCGAGAAUUUCAUUUGGAUCAACUAAUAAAUCCAGAAUCGUUUCGCAAGAUACUCGAACAGGACUCCGCGGAGUUGGAGAAGCUGUGCGUCACCGAUAUUGGCGUACUGGAAACAGACGGUCAACUGCAAGCGGAUAGUGCAGAUAGUCAUAUCCACUUGCAAGGCAGCAGGUACAAUCGCAAUCUGACCAGUAUCUAUCUGGGUGAAAUCUUUAAGAUAUUCGAAAUUGUUCGACGUGCUGGUGAUAAUCAAGAACUCUUCGAAGCCUCCUGCAAAAAAGUGGAGUCUCUGUUCAACGAUCAUACGCAAAGGAACGUGAAUAAUGAUACACUGCUGCACGAGGUGAUAAGCCAGCGCAAGGAUGCUCUGAAGCUGGCAAUUAAAACGUUCCACGUGAUUGACUACUUUAAGUUGCAGGAACUGGCGCAUAUGGCACAAAAUGCGGAUGGAGAUAGUUGCUUACAUGUAGCCUGUCAGCAGGAUCGAGAGCAUUAUAUACGUCCACUGCUGAAACUCGGUUGUAGCCCAAAUCAACAAAAUGGAACGGGCAAUACGCCUUUGCAUUUGGCUGUCAAGGAAGAUCGCAACAAUUGCAUUAAGUUAUUCCUCAAUGCACCCGGCGUUAAAUUGGAUUUAUCACUGAUGAACGAUGAUGGUUUGACCCCACUGCACAUGGCCAUUAGACAGAAUAAAUAUGAUGUGGCGAAAAAUCUUAUCAACUAUGAUCGCAGCUCCAUAAAUGUCGCCAACACAAAGGACGGCAAUAAUGCGCUGCACAUGGCUGUGCUUGAGCAGAAUGUGGAGCUGAUCGUUUUAAUACUGGAUGCAGAGAAUCGAAUGGAUAUAUUAAAAAGUACAAAUUCGGCUGGCUUAACGCCAUUGCAGUUGGCUCGCGCCAAGGCCGAUGCUCGUUGUGUUCGGUUGCUGGAGGAGGUGUAUCCGGAUAAGGGAGAGAGCACCAUGACAUGGAUACCAGUAAAUAUCAAAGAGGAAAUGGACUCCUCAUCCGCCGAAGAUGAUGAAGAAAGCAAUUCCGAAAUACCCCCCCAAGCGAUCAAAACCGAAGAGAUUGAAAUGGUUUUCAAAACGGAGCACGAUGAUGAUGACAAUAACCAAGAUAAAAGCGAUGUUAAAAAUCAAUUGAAGCAAUUGCUUAGCAGCAAACCCAAGUUUGAAAAACUCGCGGCUCAGCUUAAUGAGCCUACGUCACACGAUGCCAACUUGCCCAAAUGGAAAGAGCUUGCCGACAAAUGCAAAUUGCAAAAGUACGUCUGGCUCUGGUCCAGUUCAGAGGGUAUGCUUAACUAUGUACAACAACAAUCGAACGAUGAGUAUAAAUACUUUGCACUUGUGCUGCAGGAGCUGGGUAUGCUUAAUGCUUCCGAUUAAUAAUAUAGUUUUAUAAAUCUUUAUAGAUAUAUAUUA